GUCCCUGUGGGUCAGGUCCCUGUGGCUCAGGUCCGGACCCGGCGGGUCCCGGUCCCUGUGGGUCAGGUCUCUGUGGGUCAGGUCCCUCAGGUCCAGUCCCUCAGGUCCCGGUCCCCGUUGAACGCGACAGUUUCCACCUUCUUCUUUUCCCUGUCUGGCGUGACGCUGGUUUCACUUCCCGUGUGACGCGUUCCUCACGGGACAUUGCUCUGGUGAUGAUGAUGAAGAUGGUUGUGGUCGCCAUUUAUGUUCUCCUGAUGGCGCUGGUCGUGUGCGCUCUGGUUCUUCUGUCUGUAGCGUAGAGCCUGAUGGCCGUUAUCCUCGUUGGGGCGUCUUCAUCUUCUGCGCCGUUGGUCCUCGUGAACAGCCAACUUCAUGUUUUGCCGACACGGCGUUCCCCGGGUCCUCAUGAGGCGCCGUGCUUUCCGGGUCAUGAGUCGUCCGGCGGUUGUAAAUGUUUACUGUGUUAGACUUGUGAUUGUUUAUGGCGUGCUAACACCUCCUGAGCUGGAGGACUUGAACUGUGUCUGUUUUAUGGUCCAAUCUUUUAGUUUGCAGUUUCACCGAGAAGAAGAAGAAGAGUGUUGACCUUAUCUCUCUCUCUCUCGCCACACACUCCACCAGACGAAUUCCAAGCAGAGCAUGAGUGUGUGUUGAGUCGUCUUUUCGCUCAACCUGCACACUGAGCUGCGGCCUGCUUUAGCCCCGCCCCCUUCCUCCUCCUCCUCGACCGUCCGCUCGCUCCUCGCCAUGUCUGCAGAGGUGGAGGUCGGAGCGCCCGUCUCCGCCGAGCCCGCCGUCUCGUCCCCAUCGGCCGGCACCCCCCCCACCUCCCCGACGACGGCCGCCUCCAAGGUCCCGUUCAAGAAGAAGAAAGCCCCGGAGAAGACCGACGAGUACCUGCUGGGCCGUUUCCAGGGCGACGGCGUGCGCUACAAGGCCAAGCUGAUCGGCGUGGACGACGUGCCGGAGCCCCGCGGGGACAAGAUGUCCCAGGACUCCAUGAUGAAGCUCAAGGGCAUGGCGGUAGCGGCCCGGUCCCAAGGCAAACACAAGCAGAGGAUCUGGGUCAACAUCUCCAUGGCGGGCAUCAAGAUCGUCGACGAAAAAGCGGGAGUGAUCGAACACGAGCACCUGGUGAGCAGGAUCUCCUUCAUCGCCAGAGACGUGACGGACAACCGGGCGUUUGGCUACGUGUGCGGCACCGAAGGGCAGCAUCAGUUCUUCGCCAUCAAGACGGCACAACAGGCGGAACCGCUGGUCAUCGACCUGAAGGACCUCUUCCAGGUCAUCUUCAACCUGAGGAAGAAGGAGGCGGAGGCCUCGCAGAAGGGGGAAAAUGGCGUCGCCGUAGCUGAGGACGGCGGUCCGGACGGCGGCGUGAAAGCGGCUCAACCGGCGGAGCAGUUCGACCUCUUCGGAGACAUGUCGACCCCUCCAGACGUCCAGGCCCCAAACGUCGUCUCUAACGAUAUUCUCUUGCUGGACUUUUCCGCUGAAGUUGACAGCAAUCAGAACUGCAUCAAGGGCGACUCGUUGUCGAGUUCCUGUGGGCCGGACCGCGGCGCCGCUCCCCAGACAGAGAAUCCCUUUUCCUCCCCGUUGGGCUACUUCCCGACCCCCGACAGCGACCCGUUCAGAGACGACCCGCUCGCCCAGCCGCCCGCCUGGUCGCAACUCGAUAAUUCCCACGCGUCGGCCGGUCUCCUGAACGGCGCCGCGCCGAUCGUUAAUAACGGCGGUUCGGGCGAGGACUCCGAACGCCUCGGCGAGCGGUCGUCCGGCGGGACCGUGCUCCUGGCGCUCGGUAACGGCCAGUGGCCACUAGGGGGCGCGGUUACUCGUUCCCUCGCCGCGGCGGACGGGAUGGACUCGGGGACGGCCACGAACCCGUUUUUCAACCCUUUGAACGUCGUGCCCGACGGGGUAACGCAUUACCCACAAGCCCCGGCGGCUCAUAGCCGGGACUCGGUUGUCAUAAGCCCGCCUCCGCAGAGCGGCAAGGCGGGACGGAGGAGCGCAAAGGCCGUGGUGAGCGACCCGUUUGGAGGCGAGCUCUUCUCGGCUCCGGGUCCCUCCUCGUCUUCCUCCUCGGGCGACUUCUUCACCGCUUCACCUCCGGCCUCCAUCGCCGCUCUGGGGAGCCUUCAGUUGGCUCCUCCCGCUGCGGCCGGCGGGUGGGGGGCCUCCAUGGCUCCGCCUUCAAUGUUCCCCGUGCCCGGCGUGGCUCCAGGCCCCGCCUACCCGCACCCGUCUGCCUUCGGCGGCCUCCCCAUCCCGCCGCCGGUCUGGGGGGCGCAGGGCCCCGCCCACUUUAGUGCCGCGCCCCUAUCUCCGCCCCGCCUCAACUGGGGCCAGCCGCCGCCCGGUGCCCCCGUGUGGGGUCAGCCCGUCGUGACCAAUCCGUUCCAGCCGGGUCCGUUCCCCGCGAUGGUCGACCAUCACGGGCCGGCGCGCCCGCCUCCCCGGCCGCCCGGCAAGGAGCCGGCGGCGCCGCCGAAGGUGGAGAACACCGCCUUCACGGCUCUGGACCCCCUCGGCGACCGCGAGAAGAAGACCGGAAAGGACAUGUUCAAGGACUUCCAGAUCGCCAAACCGCCCGCCAUCCCGGCGAGGAAAGGGGAACACGUGGGCGGCGCCGAGGCCAUGAGCGGCGACGCCGGCGCCUUCGACCAGUACUUCAACAGCAAAGUGGGGCUGGUCCAGGACCACGACGACCACGACGACUUUGACAUCAAUCGGAUGUCGGCGGCGGUUCCCGCUGCGGCUCCCAGCUUCAGCGCCGGCCUCCUGGACGCAGCCCUCGCCAACAGCUGUGCGCUGGUCCAGGGACCCGACCAGGACGUGUUCGACCAGGCCUUCGGGGCGCCGCCUGCAGCCGCGGUACAGACGCGUGGAUGCGUGUUUGAAGGCCCGUCGGCAGCAACAGAAUCCCCUCAUGUCUCGUUCCUCUCCCUCCAGCAGCCGGCGGCCUCUGCCUUCGGGGAUCCUUUUGGAAACCCCUUUGCUUGACUGCAGCUUUGUGCAUCAAUGAAGUGGAGCAGGUGGACGUCGUCACAUGGAUAACAUCUUGGGGACGAGCUGCUGCAACGCGUGCCAGACAAUCCAAAUGAUGAACUUUUCUGACCCUGAACCACUCUUUUGUCUUCAUUGUUGCUCCUACAUCUCCACCUUUGUGAUGUUUUUUCUCCUAUCCAAUCAGUAGUUUCCUUAUUUGUAAAGACCACUGAUCUAAGAAGUAAAUGUUAUGUCCUGAUCUUCUGAAGAAAAAUGUUGUAUGUGAGAACGGCUCGCUGCUGAUGCUGUCUGUGUUAAAUAAAUAAAUAAAAUAAUUAAAUCUUAA